AUGGCUCGUUCAAGAGGUUCUGCUAGACCGGUUUCAAGACCGCAAACUCGUUCUGCAUCUACUGUAGCUGCUCCAGCUCCAGCUCAGCACCAAGCUCCUAAUGCGUACUCGCAUCCACCACACACAGCUCAACCACAACAACCGGGUAUGUUCGCUCAGAUGGCUUCCACUGCCGCCGGUGUCGCCGUUGGUUCUACCAUCGGUCAUACUCUAGGUGCUGGUAUCACCGGUAUGUUCUCCGGUUCAUCAUCUGCACCAGCUGAACAACAGCAGCAACAAGUUGCUGCCCCAGUGCAGGCAGACACUUUCCAAAACCAACAAGCAACUCACUGUGACGUAGAUGCCAGAAACUUCACACGUUGUCUAGAGGACAACGGUGGUAACAUGCAAAUCUGUGACUACUACUUGCAACAAUUGAAGGCUUGCCAAGAAGCUGCUCGUCAAUACUAA